AUGAAAGAAGAUGAGAGUAUUCAUGACUUUCACAUGAAUAUUUUGGAUAUUACCAAUGCCUCUGGUGCACUUGGAGAGAAGAUAUCUGAUGCCAAGAUGGUUAGAAAAAUUCUCAAAUAUCUACCUAAGGGGUUUGACAUGAAGGUCAUUACUAUUGAGAAAACCCAAGAUAUAAACACCAUGAAGGUUGAUGAUCUUAUGGGAUCCUUUCAAACCUUUGAGAUGAGACUUGGUGAAAAGUGUGAAAAGAAGAAUUACUUAGCAUUUGUGUCCAAUGCUGAGAGUUUAGAAGACAAAAGUGAAGAUCUAUCAGAAGAUCUUGUGCUACUCGGUAGACAAUUCAAGAAGGUCUAUCAAGGAAAAGGAGUCCAGUGCCACGAGUGUGAGGGAUAUGGUCACAUAAAAGCUGAAUGUCCUACAUAUCUCAAGAGGCAUAGUAAGGGGCAGACUGUGUCAUGGUCAGAAGAUGAGUCUGAAAGUGACACUGAAACUGCCAAACAUGUCAUUACCCUAUCUGGAGUAUGCGAUGAAGAAUCAGAUAGUGAAGAGUUGACAUUUGACAAUAUUUCCAAAGCAUAUAAGGAAUUAUGCCUCAAAAGUAUUAAAGUUGAUAAACACGUUGAAGAUCAAAAGAGGAUUAUUGCUCAGCUCCAUAAUGAGAAGGUGAAGCAGCGGUCUAUCAUCUCAGAGCUGAAAGGAGAGGUUACAUUGCUCAACUCUAAAUUGGACAACAUGACUAGGUCUGUUAGAAUGCUCAACAAUAGGUCAAAUGUGCUAGAUAAGAUUCUUCAAAUUGGGAAGAAUGUUGGUAACAACUAUAUCAAGCCUCGUUCUACCAGUUAUGUCACUUUUGGAGAUGGAUCAAAAUGUGAAAUAAAAGGUGUUGGUAAGCUAGACCAUGCAGGACAACCUGGUCUUGACAAUUUUUUGCUUGUUAAAGGGCUAAUUGCGAAUUUGAUUAGCAUUAGUCAACUAUGUGAUCAAGGUCUCAAAGUUAACUUUAACCAGUCUGAAUGUGUUGUGACAAACGGGGAAGGUGGAGUUGUCAUGAAGGGAACCAGAUCCAAAGAUAACUAA